AACAUUCAUUCCCACCCCUCGAGUGAGUGCCAGAGAGUUUCUUGAUGUCGACAGGUUUGCUGAUGUGGCAGAAUAUGAGGAUGGAAGCUGAGUAAACUGCAUCCUGUAAAAACAACAACAACGAGAAAACAUUGAAACAUUGUGAGAAUGGACGAGUCUUUCGAUCCACUCAAGUGCAACGAGGACCUACCUUCCUCACCUGGGUGCCACAUGGAUUAUGAUGACCUGCCAGAGCUGCAGGAGGUGGAGGAGGACCAGAGGUCUCCAGGGUUAUUUCAGGUUGGAGCAGGAGUGUCUCACCAGGAGCUCAGCUGCUCCCCCAGCACCAACUGGCUCGCUGAGCUGGCCAACAUUGCCACCAGUCCUCAGAGCCCCCUGUUGAAGAGCGCCCCACACAAGAGAUCAUCUCCAGUCCACAUCUUUGGCAACAGUAAUAGUUUACAUUCCUACGCCCGUCCCCCAUUAGCCAGCAGUGCACCCAACCCAUCCAGAGGCCACCUCAGGGAGCGCAGGCGUGUCAGGGCCAGCAGUGAAUCAGAGUCUGGAGUUUUCUCAAUGUCCUCAUCUUUUUCUGAUGAUGAAGACAUGGCCUGGUCUCACUCCUGGCCCACCACAGCCUGGCACUGCUUCCUUAAAGGAACUCGCCUGCGCUUUCAUCGGGGUCCUAAUGUGGAGUGGCAGGAGGCUGAUGAACUUGGGGAUUCUGAUGACGACUCAGAUGAUGAAACCAUGAUGCCAUCCUCCUCUUCCUCCUUUCUCAAGAGAUAUGGUUCAGAGGGGCUGCGGUUGGUGAGCCACGAAGAGACGGUUUCUUUUGGCCAGGCAGUUCUCAAACUGACCUUUGACCCUGGUUCAUCUGAUGAUGGUCUUUUAACAGCUGAAUGCAGAUUGGAUCACCCUUUUUUUGUAAAAAAUAAAGGGUGGUCCUCUUUUUAUCCGAGCCUUACUGUGGUGCACCAUGGGAUCCCUUGCUAUGAGAUGCAGCUGGGCAACGUGUGCCUGCCACCAAACCACCCAGAAGCCAUUAACUGCGACGACUCUGUUGUCUUUGAUACUUUCAGAAGGUAUGCUCCUGUAACUGAUGUGAUCUUACUCUGUGUAAUGAAGAGUUAA